AAGGAGAAACGUUCAGAACGCCCGUGCAGGUCUGGCAACACAGCAUUAUCGCUUGCCUUCCCGGUACAACGGUGCCUCCUAAGCCACUGUGCGGAACAUGGAGCGUCCAGCUCUGGAACCAUUUUGGACAGGAGGCGACAUUCCACCGCAGUACGGACAGGUGGAGCAGAGCGAACGAGGCCCCCCACCAAUGGAACCAGAAGCGCGCGGCAGAGACAGAGAUAAGGAGAAGAAAGCAGACGCCAUGAUGCACACCGUCAUUGUCAUGCUCGUCUUAUUCGGGUGCCUCUGCGCAGCAGUACUGGCCAACUUCCUAGUAUCAAGCCUGCUCUUUCAAAGAAAACAGUGCCCUACGGAAACAACCCAGGCACCGGGCACGUGCCCAACAGCUACAACCACGACUAGCAGCUCAACAUCAGCUACAAGUGCGACGACCACAACCACCAACACAACUGUGGGAACUACCACGGCGCCUUUCCUAGUUCCGAAGUACGACUUCCUCUGCCAGUCCUCUGAGUGCAUCCGGCAGAUCUACAUGAAUGCUAUCAAUCCCAACGUGUCUCCCUGCGAUGACUUUUUCACCUACGCUUGUUCAGGUUUUUUUAACUCCUCUGAAAACGUGAGCUCAGUGACCCUGCACCGCAAGGACAACGUAGCCCAAUAUAUCAUGGAGGAAGCCAGAAAAGCCACAAGGCCGCCCUCGAAUCUGCGCUCCCCGAAUGCAUAUGAGAAAGCUGCGUUUCUAUUUCAGCAAUGCGAGCAAAGAGAGAAUAAUUGGCAGGAGGAACUGCGAGCAACUCAGAGUUUUCUUCAUUUGUACGGAUUGACGUCUGCAAACGGAUCCUUCGACCCCAUCGAUGUAGCCAUACUGAUGUCUAUGGACGGCGUUCACGUGCUCUUCCAACUGCGAAAGUCGUUGAAACGAUGGUCCAGUGCGUCAGAUGCAGCGGAAUACGAAAUGGUUGCUUCGCCCGACAUUAUAGAUCUCGUGAGUUACACAAUUUCUAAACCGAUAAGCUCACCGCAACCUGUCCGUGGAUUCGAGGAACAAGCACACCUACCAUUUUCAUUGGAACAGAUCGCUAGUAGCGCGGACGAGUCUAAUUUCAUUCUCAACUUUGCCAAGCAUCCUUUCUUGACGGUGUCCUUCGGCGACGCAUAUAAAACAACGCCAGAAAAACUUUGGUUUGGUUCUCCGGACUUCAACACCCCGUCGCCAGCAUGGGUCGGAUCAUUCAGGAAAUACGCACCAAAAUUUAUGACAACGCCACUCGUCAUACCUAAAGGUUCCGCUGAGCUCUUCCAUCGUUUCAGUGAGCUGAACGAGACGGAUGCAAAAGAAUUCGUGUACAGGUACACGACACUUCUACUGGCCUAUACGAGUAACGUAGUUCGCGCCGAAUUAAAAGGCACCCGCUGGACCUGUUACAACAUUACCAUGUCUCUGAUGCCUUAUGCGUUCGCCUGGCCUGUCCUUGAGAAGAUCGACUCGGACCCCUUUGCCGGUUUCGCGUUCGGUGUCACAUACUCGGUCAGAGCUGUGUCAGACACACUCCAAUAUAUCGACGCAUUCCAUAACAUCUCGUGGUUCCAGACGCCAGAUUUUAAGAUCCUCAACGUCAACCGAACCGCAGCAGAAAGUUACUACUCUAUCAUCCGCGAUUCAUAUUCCCCCACUUUCAUUGAUGCGUACUUGUUUGUCUCCCAACUCCUCUCGAUUUCCCUUAUUUUCUCGGCUGGGGCGCAGAACCCUCACGACGCCGAUCUUACAUCUGCGGCCGUGACGUUUCGCACGCGACGAGCGUGUUCCCUGGAUGUCCCGCUUUUUGCUACUCUCUCUCCAUUCUUCAGCAACCAGGCCGCUCCAGAAGUAAACUAUGGUUCGCUGGGAGCAUCCAUCGCGUCAGCUCUACUCCUGGGAGACGCCGAGUUCGGCCAAUCCCCUUUUUUCAAUCAAACAGACUUGAAUGACCUUCGUUACACGUCCAGAGCGCACUGCCCGAACCACGCCACGUGGAAGCCAUACAAUGUCUCUGAAGCAGCCAAGAACCUGACUGUUCUGGGUGGCGACGUCGUGUGGCCGUACUACGACGCGCUCUACGAGAAGCUGUACGCGGCGGACCUCCUCGGGAUAGGCGCAGCGUACAGAGCGUACAAGAAGUAUUUGACGGGUUCGAUAGCCGAUAAGGACGUCGACGGAGAUAAACUAUUCUUCCUGAGCACUUGCUAUAGGUGGUGCAACUCCGGAGGUCCGACCGAUUUCGAAUUGGAAGGAGACUUGUCACCCCAUUUGCGUUGCAACGAGCCUCUCAAAGACAUUCCAGAGUUCGCAGCCGCAUUUUCCUGUCCUCCAUACAGUCCCAUGAACCCAUGGUCAAGAUGCGUUGGGAUAUGAUUAUUGUUUCAAGCAUUCAAUAUCUGUUUUCCGUACGGUAAAGCGCUAAAAUGAUGCGCCUGUUCUGAAGCUCAAGUACGAAAGGUAUCUGGAGAUAAUAAAUGAGCAUAAAUGGGUAUUUCUGAAGCAACAUAGACCUACAAAGUAUCACCGCAAAGUGCAGGGUUCCUCCGGCGGGCAGGAACGAAAGUUCUCCGUCCCGU